AUCUACCCGCGUGCGCAUCACCAGGCAGCCAGAGCUUCUCCUAUUUCCAUCUCGCAUGGCCGACGACGACGUCUACGACGACGACUUCGUCUGCAAGCUCUUCAGCAGUGGCAUCGGCACGCGAAAUGUCGCAUCUCGUACGUCGGCCCUCGACUCGAUCGCCCUGUGCCUGGAAACGUGGUCAACAGCCUGUCAGACGGCAAGCGAAGACAGACAGCGUGCACGAAAAUUGUUGAGAGACUAUCUGCCCACGCUAUUGAGGCUAUCAGACGUAUGUCCGUUCGCCGACGUGUCAGUGAAGUGUCAGUCAAUCCUCCAGUCCGCCGAGGCGCGCGGAGUUCGAAUUCCGCUACGAAAGUACGACGGACCGACGUCGUUCAUCGCUAACAGCAAGGUCGUGCCGUUGAAUACCGAAAACGAAGAGACUCAUGAGCUUUUCGUGGAGGCGUUCUUGGUCGACAAUCGUGUGACCAACAUGGUCCGACUGAUGGGAUACCAUCCGAGAUAUCUGACGUGUUUCCUUCGAUUUCAUACUUACUUGAUGUUUCAAGACGGACCCUUGCCUCUGCACCUUCGACACUAUAUUGCUAUUUUGGCUGCAGCCAGACACAGGUGUAGUUACUUGGUGAGUCUUUGUGAAAUCAAUUUCGUGAACUUAGGAGGAGACCCUAAAUGGUUGGAGGGGUUAGAAAACGUUCCGCCCAAAAUUCAAGCUCUAAACGACAUCAACAACAUUAUAUGCCAUCAGCCGUGGCUCAUUGCAAAGACAGACAUAGAGGCUCUUGUUCAGCCUGGUCCCAAUGGUUGGUCACUCAGCGAACUGAUGCACGCGGUUGUCAUUCUGUGCCACUACCAUUGCUUGUCUGGCUUUGCUCAUGGAUGUUGUCUUAAUCCAGAAAUUGACACAAAAGACGGACACAUAAUGAGACCACUGUCACAGGAGGUUGAGACUGACAUAUUGCCAAACGGCAGUCGGCGUUCGAGUGCGAUUAGUUCUAUUGGGUCUAGCAUGCCAUCAACACCUCGAGGUUCGCUUACAUCCGAGGCAACACUCGCCGACGACGGCGACGACAGAGAAUCAGAAGAAAUAAGAAUUCUUGAACAUCUACGAGAGGAACUAUCAGACGACGAAAUGACAACAACCGAACUCGAACUGCAAGAGUUCGAGACUCAGUCGAAAGCAAGCGCCGAAAUUACACCGAGUAGCGGUGGCACGUUACCCGCUAAUGGAUUAGCAAGAUAUAUGGAAGAGCCAGAAUUUCAACAUCAAGAUUUCACGCAAUCGGGACUAAACACGUCGCGGACAUUCAGAGUUCUGGAUUAUUCGUGGGAGGACCACGGUUACUCGUUAGCCAAUCGUCUCUAUCCAGACGUUGGACAACUGUUGGAAGAGAAAUUUCGUCUCACAUCCGUUUUAACAUAUCAGACGUUUGGAUCGACGACAGACGUCGAUACGUCAAGAUUUCGUUGUGCUGUAUGGAACUACAUCCACUGCAUAAAGGGAAUAUACCAUGAUGAUUAUCAUUAUGCUGAGGUGAACAAGCUACUUAAUAUUCCGAUCAAGAAAUACAUCAAAUUGGUGACGUGUUAUCCGGAACGAGUGACUGUUACAGACUUCAGAGGUUUCAUGAAUAUCCUCAGUCCUUCAGAAAAGGUUCAUCUCAAUCUUCUUCUCCUGGAAGCGAGAUUACAAGCAGAACUUCUCUAUGUUCUUCGUGCCAUCAUGCAGCAUAUGACAUAACUCAAGCAUGAUAAUUUGUUUAGUUAUAUAAAUAUUUGAUUUAAUAAUUAUAUAUAAUAAUAAUAAUAUAUUGUGUUCUAUCA